UGUCGGCCCUGAGUGGAGCCGGGGGCGCCAAGGGGUGGCCAUGACGUGCGGGUGGAGAGCAGAGAAGCUGUGGCUGCGGCGGCAUCUUCGGAGCACCGGGCGGUGGCCGCGCCUGGCACUGGGCGCGCGGAGCUGUCCGUUCAGCACCACCGCGAGGGCGCGGGCUCCGCUCCCGCUCCCGCUCCGGCUCCCGCCGGCGCCUGCGGCGCGGCUGUUGUUUCUGUUGGGGGACGAAGGGCGCUGAGAUCGAGAGAGGUGGCUCUCCGAGCGUCGGGGCCAGCAGCCACCUGUGAGCCUCCCGCAACUGCAGGCGGCGGCGACAUCCCCGGCCGGAGACAGGAGGAGACGCUCCGCGGACCCCGCCCGCCUGCCCGCCAGGCGCAUACACAGGCGCACACACACUCGCAUCCGCGCGCACACGCACAGCCAGCCCGCAGCGGCAGCCGCAGCGAUGCUCGCCAGCAGGUUGGGGAAGUUUCCCGCCGGCCCUGGCCACGGGCCCCAGUGCUCGCAGGUGUAGCGCCCGGGCUAGGUGCCGGAGGCUGGGCGUCUCCAACAUGACCCGCCGGAGCCUGUGGGACGUGUCGGAGGCCAACGUCGAGGACGGAGACAUCCGCAUCAACGUCGGGGGCUUCAAAAGGCGGCUGCGCUCGCACACGCUGCUGCGCUUCCCGGAGACCCGCCUGGGCCGCCUGCUGCUCUGCCACUCGCGCGAGGCCAUCCUCGAGCUCUGCGACGACUACGACGACGUCCAGCGCGAGUUCUACUUCGACCGCAACCCCGAGCUCUUCCCCUACGUGCUGCACUUCUACCACACGGGCCGGCUGCAUGUCAUGGCCGAGCUGUGCGUCUUCUCCUUCAGCCAGGAGAUCGAGUACUGGGGCAUCAACGAGUUCUUCAUCGACUCCUGCUGCAGCUACAGCUACCACGGCCGCAAAGUGGAGCCCGCGCAGGAGAAGUGGGAGGAACAGAGCGACCAGGAGAGCACCUCCUCAUCCUUCGACGAGAUCCUGGCCUUCUACAACGACGCCUCCAAGUUCGAGGGGCAGCCCCUGGGCAGCUUCCGGCGGCGGCUGUGGCUGGCGCUGGACAACCCCGGCUACUCGGUGCUGAGCCGGGUCUUCAGCAUCCUGUCCAUCCUGGUGGUGUUGGGGUCCAUCAUCACCAUGUGCCUCAACAGCCUGCCGGACUUCCAGAUCCCCAACAGUCAGGGCAACCCUGGCGAGGACCCGCGGUUCGAAAUCGUGGAGCACUUCGGCAUCGCCUGGUUCACGUUUGAGCUGCUGGCCAGGUUCGCCGUGGCCCCUGACUUCCUCAAGUUUUUCAAGAACGCCCUCAACCUUAUCGACCUCAUGUCCAUCGUCCCCUUUUACAUCACUCUGGUGGUGAACCUGGUGGUGGAGAGCACGCCUACCUUGGCCAACUUGGGCAGAGUGGCACAGGUCCUGAGGUUGAUGCGGAUUUUCCGCAUCUUAAAGCUGGCCAGGCACUCCACUGGCCUCCGCUCCCUGGGGGCCACCCUCAAGUACAGCUACAAAGAAGUCGGGCUGCUUUUGCUCUACCUCUCCGUGGGGAUUUCCAUUUUCUCCGUGGUGGCCUACACCAUUGAAAAGGAGGAGAAUGAGGGCCUGGCCACCAUCCCCGCCUGCUGGUGGUGGGCCACUGUCAGUAUGACCACCGUAGGGUAUGGGGACGUGGUCCCGGGAACCACAGCAGGGAAGCUGACUGCCUCUGCCUGCAUCCUGGCGGGUAUCCUAGUGGUGGUACUGCCCAUCACCUUGAUCUUCAACAAGUUCUCCCACUUUUAUCGGCGCCAAAAGCAGCUUGAGAGUGCUAUGCGCAGCUGUGACUUUGGAGAUGGGAUGAAGGAGGUCCCUUCUGUCAAUUUAAGGGACUACUAUGCCCAUAAAGUUAAAUCCCUCAUGGCGAGCCUGACAAACAUGAGCAGGAGCUCGCCAAGCGAAUUAAGUUUAAACGAUUCCCUACAGUAGCAGGGAGGACUUGUCCUCAAACCCACGUUGUUGAGCUGCCUCUCGGGCCUCUGGCACAGUCCAGGCACCUUGGGGUUGUGGCAUAGG